UUUGAUUAUCAAUUGUCAAAAGAAGUGAUCAAUUCGCUAUUUUUUGUUUUCUUAUUUUCGAAAGAAAUUAAUUAAAUUGAGUAAUAAGUUAGUCAUGAAAACAUUUAAUUACACUCUUCUUCUGUGUUAUGAUUUUUUCGGAUGUUAAACAUCAACUAAACGAUGGAAGUCACUGUGGUAAAUAGCAGCACAGAGAUCAAGUGUUCAGUAAAAGACGAUGAAUCUCUCGGGGUCAAAGAGGAGGCGGAGGUGACGGUCAAGCAGGAGUUCGUCGAGUGCCUGGUGUGUCUCGGCCGCAGCGGCAGCUACUGCGACCUGAACACGACGACCACCGCCGGCGGCACUGCGCUCAGCCUCUACCUGAGUAAAUUCGCGCACUCGGCGCUGAUCACGGCGCCGAGCUCCAAGUAUGUCUGCAAAACGUGCCUCAACCUAGUUAACGUGUUAGAACAAGCAGAGCUAGAGUAUCAUAAAGUUAAAGAAGAGUUUCACACCGUCGUCAACAAGAACCCGCUGUUCGUGAACAUCUCGCAAGUGACGCUAGAAGUUGUUAAGAAUGAGGAUCUGGAUGUGUUUAUUUCUAACGAUUGUGAUAAUGAUUCUGAGGACGAACCACUCGCUGUCACCAAGAAGAAACGGCACAGGAAAGUGGAAAAGAGAAAAAUCAAACCCGCAACAGAAAAUAAACGCAAGCUACGAAGUAAAGCUAUUGCUGACGGUGCAUGGGAGUGUGCGGAGUGUGAAGUGAGUGGGGAGUGUGGAGGGGAGGCCGCCCUCACGGCACACAUGCUGGUCGCACACCUCCAUCUGCAAAAAGUGAAGAAAGAGGAGUCGCCGGACAGAUCGCAAAGCCCCAAUGAGAACUGUCUGGAUGUUGAUGAUGAGAUGUUCAAGCUGGAAGCGGACACAUUUGACGAUGAUGAUGAUGGUGAUGACAGCUCAAACUAUGUGCCCGAGCAGAUCAGCAACGGCAAGCAGGGCAAAGCCACCAAGCUGCUCAUCAGGUCUAAAAAGAAAAACUUUAAAAACAUCAGUGGCAAGAAGAAAAAGGACCCGAAAGUGAUGCAUCAGUGUGACCAGUGUCAUGCCAGAUACACCUCCCUGGUGCGGCUGGAGCAGCACAAGCUGAAGCACGACGACUCCAAGCCGCCCUACAUCUGCGAGGUGUGCGGCGCGCACUACAAGCACAAGCGCGCCUGCGACAUACACGUCGCGCUGCACAAAGGCAUCAGCGACUGGAAGUGCGAGGAGUGCAACAAGCUGUUCCCGUCCAAGGGCGCGCUGCAGCGGCACAACAACAUCCACACGGGCAAGCUCAACUAUCAGUGCGACCUGUGCGGCAAGUCGUUCAUCCACACGUCGUCGUUCAAGAUGCACAAGCUGUCGCACUCGGGGCUGAAGCCGCACUCGUGCGACGUGUGCGGGCUGGCGCUCAUGACGCGCUCGCACCUCAAGCGGCACAAGCGCGUGCACUCGGGCGAGAAGCGCCACGAGUGCGCCGUGUGCGGCAAGCGCUUCAGCGAGCGCUACAACCUGGUGGCGCACGCGCGCGCGCACGCCGGCGCGCCCGACGCCGCCGCGCCGCCGCGCCGCCGCCUGUUCCGCUGCGCCUUCUGCCCCGAGCGCUUCGAGCGCCGCUACAUGCUGGAGCGGCACGCGGGCGCGGCGCACGGCCGCGCGCUCGAGCGCCCGCCGCCCACGCCGCGCAACACCAUGAGCAAGCUGCUCAAGGCGCAGGCGCAGCGCCGCGAGCGCGACGAGCCCGCGCCCACGUCCGCGCCCGCGCCCGCCGACCGCAAGCUCGAGCGCAGCCCCGAGUCGGCCGCGGGCGCCGUGUCCGCCAUCACGUGGGCGGGCGCCUACGCCGCCGAGUUCGGCCUGCGCCCCGACUACUCGCACUGACCGCGACCCGACGCGCGCUACCGGGGAACGUCACAAAAGCUGAUAUACGCAUAGCUCUAUUUACUUUUGAAAGAGACAAAUCAAAGCGAAUGUAUUUUGAAAUCAAACCACAGUCAAAUGCUAUUUAUUAUCUUUUGAAUGGAGGUGAACGUGUGCCUCGUGUUCCUGCGACUGGGAACGUCGAGGCCUUAGAUUAAUAUUGUACAUAAUGAGGAUUUGAAUUACUUUAGUAGAUUAUAUAAUUUACAUUAUCUCAUUGUAACAUCAUCAUAAGAUAUUUUAUUUUAAACAUUAAUUUUACAGUUUAUAAAGUAGUUAGGAUAAUAUUUUUAUACUCGUCGACACAUAGGGAAAUUAUGAAAUACUUGUAUGUAAUGAAACAGUUCAGACAUACCGCCGACGCGCAUGCGGUUUACCGGACGCAAAUGUCACUUGCGUAGUGACCACACCGGCGGAGCGGCAGAAGCUCUACGGGACGUGUUGUGUACUGCGAUGCAAAUCUGUGGACGUCAUAGUCGUGAAGAUAACAUUAUUACAACAAACACAAUGCAUUACCUUACAUAAAGAUCUCUAAUCAAGUGCAACACAAACAAAGGACAUACUGCAGCUAUUACGAGUAGUGAUCCUGUGUAUAAGAUGACCACCACUGACCUGUUUACCGGAUUAAAAAAUUACAUAUAUACAUACAUCAUUAAAUAUAUUGCCAAUGGGUUGCCUAACCAAUUUUAGUCACAAGGAUAUGUGAAUAAUUAACAAUUUUUGUUUUACUUGUUACUGUUUUGGUGUAUAACUUUCUAUACAAAUUCCACACCAAUCUAGCGAGCGAAAGUAUGAAGCUUAUCGAAUAUGAAAACGUUAGGUUGACUAUUAUUUUCCUGCCUCAACUCUGGGGUAGGUCGUGGUAGGUGGUAACAGUAACAAGUAAAUCGAUACUAGUAUCUAGCACUUGUCUGGAUAAUGAAUUAAAGUUGAGGUUAAAUAUCAUUACGAAUAUAUAUGGUUGUUUUGCGAAAAACCACUCCUGGAUUCAUUAUCAUAAUUACAUGCUUGACUGAAACUUUUUAGGCAACCAAUUGCAAUAUAUUGAUAUACUUAAUUUGAUUUAUAAAACUUCAUGAGACAGGUCGGUGAAGGUAGUCUCAUAUUCGGAUCAUCUACCGUAUAGUAAGCGCCUAACUUAUAUGGUUGACUCUACCGUUAACUUUGAAUGGUUUUCAGCUAACAAUGAUAUGCUCUGGAGUUCUGAACUGAGACUGGGUCUGUAGGCGACAAUAUUUUAAACAUGUACCAUAUUAUUUGCAUAACUGACAUAAUAUUAAAGUUAAUCUAUUAAAUAAA